AACACAGAUGGCUCUUGUGGAGAAAUUUGCGGAGUUUAUUUUGACUUUUCUCCAAAAUUCCUCCUACACUUUGGUUUUAUUAACGUUACUUUUUGCAGUAUUUAUACCAUUGGUUAUCUUAAGAAUCCGUACAAAGUUGAAUAAAAGAGGGCCAAACCCUUUCGCCAACGAUUGUCGAAGGCCACCUCGACCUCUAGUCCUGGACCAGGCGGAACGGGACAAAGUUAUUAAGCAAGGAUUUGUCGCGCGGAAAGUGCCCGAGGACCUCGAUGCAAUUGUGAUAGGCAGCGGAAUUGGAGGGCUUACCUCAGCAGCCCUACUGGCGAAGGCAGGGAGGAAGGUUCUGGUGUUAGAGCAGCAUGAUCAAGCGGGAGGAUGCUGCCACUCGUUUGUAGACAAAGGGUAUGAAUUUGACCCAGGUAUUCAUUACAUUGGAGAAAUGAGCUGCCAGGGAACGAUGCAUCUUCUGUCAGAUCAGCUAACUGAAGGUCAGCUGGCUUGGGUUCCCCUUGAGAAACAGUAUGACACUGUAGUGAUCGGCAAUGGAGAAAAUGCAAGGAAAUAUCCAGUCUGUGGUGGAAGACAGGAUGAAUACUGCAGUGCAUUGUAUAAAAGUUUUCCCAAAGAGAGGAAAGCUAUUGAUCAAUACAUGAAAAUGCUUAAGGAUGUGCGAAAGUCAAUGCCAGGUUAUGUAGCAUUCAAACUCAUGCCUGAAUGGCUGGCCAAAUUCAUGUUUACAACUGGAAUUGCUGACUGGAUGACAAAGUUUUUCAAGUAUUCGAAAAGAUCAGUUGCUGAAGUGUUGGAAGAGCUGACAGAUGAUAAGGAUCUUCAAACUGUACUGGCAUACAAUUUUGGUGAUUACGGUGUUCGUGUUGAAAAGAGCGGUGGUGAGAUGGAUAUUUUUGCUCCAGUUGUGAUCUCUGCUGCAGGAAUCUACAACACGUUUGAGACACUUCUUCGACGUGAAAAACCCAUACCCGACAAGAAGUUGCUAAAAUCCGAGGGUGUUCGUCAUGGUUACGCAGCCAUGUCGGUCUACGUCGGCCUCAAGGGGACGAAAGAGGAUUUCGGACUAAAAGCCACCAAUGUGUGGGCUUUUACCAACAGUGACCUCGAUAAAAGCACCAGGGAGUACCUUCAAUCUGACGCUGGUACUGCCGGAACUAAAGAUAUCCCCCUGGUAUUUAUCUCCUUCCCCUCGACUAAAGACCCCGAGUGGGACAAGCGACAUCCCGGUAAAACGACAUGUACUGUCAUAACCCUUGCCCCGUACGAGUGGUUUGAGAGGUGGGAGAACGAACGUGUUAUGAAGCGAGGCGAGGAAUACGAGGACCUCAAGAACCGUAUCGGCAAGCGAAUCUGGGAACAGACUUGCAAGCUCUUUCCGCAAGUUCGCGACCGGGUCGAUUUCUUCGAUGUCGGGAGUCCUUUGAGUAACAGAUACUACAUCGCUGCUCCUCGCGGGGAGAUAUACGGUAUUGAUCAUCACAUUGACCGGUUCAGUCCCAACGCUGUAAUGAAACUCCGCCCGGAUACGUCCAUCCCCGGGUUAUAUCUUACCGGCCAGGAUAUCCUAAGCUGUGGGUUCGCUGGAGCGAUGUUCAGCGGGGUGAUUACUGCAUCAGCUGUCCUCAACAGGAAUCUGUUUGCUGAUAUAGGUCGUCUGCAAACGGAGGUCAAGAAAAAAGCGGCGAAGCGCGGAGACAUGGAAAACAGAGUGGCCAGUGAUGGUUCAGACAAAGAGGGAUCCUAAACGUAUUUAGUCAUAAGCCAAAAACUGUGUCGCGCAAUAGAGCGUUCAUCUAAUAGAGAUUGCCUGGUUGAUUGAUAAAGUUCGUAACUACCUGCAAGAAUCAUCGAAUCCUAAAUAAACAGGGCUUUAAAUGAGAGCAAUAAUGGUUCUCACUGGGUGGAAAAUCUAUUUAUUUUAAUUAUUAGUUUUCAAUUAAAAUUGCUUUAAAUUAAUGAAAGGCGUGCAAAAUUAUUUUUUUUAAUCAAAAACUUAUCUUUCGUGGGAUAUUUAAUUAAAAAAACGACGGUUAAGAAUUAACCAAUAGGUCUGACUGUCGCUUCAAACAAUUAACCCUUUACAUUCUAACAUCAGUAUGCAUAUUCUCUAUACUGUUCCGUAUGCAUAUUCUCCAUACUGUUCCGUAUGCAUGUUCUCCAUACUGUUCUCUGUACAGUUCUUAAGGAGCUGAUAAGGAGAAUUCGUUGAACGAUCAAAACCAUCUUGAGUCGAUUUUCAUUUCCUUCAUUCUCGUGACUAUAUUGUGUGAAACAAGGGUGAUAUUGUAAGAGAAAUUAUUAAAAGUUGGA